UUAUUGGAAGAAGCAAAGCAUAUCCACUAACUGUUAAUUCCUUGGUGUUUUGGUUUACUGUGCAGGAAAAGAUAUUCCAAGACUGCACCGCCAUUCAACCUCAUGGUUGGGUUAGUAAUAACUUCAAAUCACGGGCCUUUGCCAGCCCAAUCACUAUAUACCCUCAUCUUCACUUCAAUCAAACAAAAAUUCUGAAUUCUCCUUACAAAUUACAACACAACACUGUUCGGUUGAAUUCUGUUAAUGGGUUCUACCGCUGAAGACCGAUCAGAGAUUGUGUUCUUCGAUGUGGAGACCAGCGUCCCCACUCGAACAGGUCAGGGUUUUGCCAUUCUCGAAUUCGGAGCCAUUUUGGUUUGCCCCAAGACGCUCACGGAGCUCCGCAACUACUCCACCCUCAUCCGACCCCCCGUUCUCUCCGUCAUCUCCCCCUUGUCCCAGCGCUGCAAUGGCAUCACCGCCGACGCCGUCGCCGCCGCGCCGACUUUUGCCGACAUUGCUCACCUCGUCUACGACCUUCUUCACGGGAGGAUUUGGGCGGGUCAUAAUAUCAUAAGGUUUGACUGUGUUCGGAUUAGAGAUGCUUUUGCUGAGAUUAAUCAGCCGCCACCUGAACCUAAGGGAACCAUUGACUCUCUAGUUUUGUUGACUCAGAAGUUUGGAAGAAGAGCUGGUGACAUGAAGAUGGCUACUCUUGCUACUUAUUUUGGACUUGGACGCCAGACACAUAGGAGCUUAGAUGAUGUUCGGAUGAAUCUUGAAGUCCUUAAAUACUGUGCAACCGUUCUAUUCUUGGAGUCAAGUCUCCCGGAUAUAUUCACUGCAAACAGUUGGGUUUCACCAAAGACUACGACAAGAAGCCGCAGUAAUGGGAAAUCUCCAUCACAGGGGGGCUUAUUAAACAUUAAUGGGGUUUCUGUAUUAUCAUCUCCUGCUGUUGAAUCCAAAGACAAAAGUCAUCCUAUAAUUUCUUUAGCAAUGAGCGGCCCAAAAGGGGAUGCCCUUAAUAAUGCAGAUCCUAAUAUAGUUCAAUCGGAUCCUUUUAAUUUGAGUACUCUGGAGGAAGAAAUAAAUAGAGAACCCAUUAAGUCAGAUGUUUCCACGGUGGAAAAACCCAUGCAAGAGUCACCUGAUUUGGCUUCCUCGUCUUCUGUGUUUCAGCCUAGCAGCAGCUCUAUUCUUGUUUUUGAACCUGAUAGAAAAUGUGUCCCUUCUAUUGAUGCAUCUCUUGUUCCAUCUUUUCAAGGCAGUCAAAGGAUAGAAUUGCUGCAUGAAGGUUUCCCAUUCCAACUUUAUUGUACUGAUUUGAAAGUGCGGUUUGGAAUAAGCACGAAGUUUUCUGAUAAUGCUGGCCGGCCACGAUUGAGUUUUGUGGUUGAUUCAUCUCCAAGUCUAUGUAAUGUUCUUGAUGCAUGUGAUGACGUUGCUAAGAAGUUAACGGUAGAUUCUGGCAGCAGCUCUGAUUGGAGGCCUGUUGUCAUCAGGAAAGAAGGUUUCUUCAACUAUCCUACUGUCAGAUUGCACAUACCUACAGCUGUAGUCGCAGACGUGGCCAUUUAUGCCACAGAAAUAUAUCAGAAAGAGUCUUCUGGAGCAGUGCAAAGACUUCUCUUCAGUAAGUUUGAUGCUGCAGAACUUGGUUCCUUGUUCAUGCCUGGGACAUUUGUUGAUGCCUUCUUCUCUUUAGAUCCCUAUGACUAUCAGCAGAAUGCAGGGAUUAAAUUAGUUGCUAAAAAAUUGAUCAUUCAUUGCAAAUAGAAGGAAGUUUAAACUUAAGUAUAGGUUAAUUAUUACACGCCAAGGUUGAUAGAUUAAAUAUUGGUUAUGCUGUAAAGUGGUUCCAUUUCAAGCUUGUAGUUCAACUGAUAUUCACACCUUUGAAUUUUCUGGUUA